UCUUCUUGUGUACUCAUCCCCCCUGCUCUCUCCACACUCGACACCAACAGCAGCAGCAAGCAGCUCUCGCAGCGGAUCUGCUCUUCUGCUGCUCCCUCUGCUUCCUCGUGCUACACGGUCUUCGUCCUCGCUUCCUCCACGCUUCCUCGCGCUCUCUCCAGUCUAUCGUCGAUAUGGCUGACUCUGAGGAUGUGUCGCCUUUGGUGUGCGACAACGGAUCUGGAAUGGUCAAGGCUGGUUUCGCUGGAGACGAUGCUCCCCGUGCAGUGUUCCCCAGUAUUGUCGGAAGACCUCGCCACACCGGAGUCAUGGUUGGUAUGGGACAGAAGGAUGCAUAUGUCGGAGAUGAGGCCCAGUCCAAGCGUGGUAUCCUGACUUUGAAGUAUCCAAUUGAACACGGUAUCGUAACUAACUGGGAUGAUAUGGAAAAGAUCUGGCAUCACACCUUCUACAACGAGUUGCGAGUUGCACCUGAAGAGCACCCGGUCCUUCUGACUGAAGCACCGUUGAACCCUAAGGCUAAUCGUGAGAAGAUGACCCAAAUUAUGUUCGAGACCUUUAACGUCCCCGCGAUGUACGUGGCCAUCCAGGCUGUGCUGUCUUUGUACGCCAGUGGUCGUACUACCGGUAUUGUUUUGGAUUCUGGUGAUGGUGUCACUCACACCGUCCCAAUUUACGAAGGUUACUCUCUUCCCCACGCCAUCCUGAGGUUGGAUCUUGCCGGACGUGAUCUUACCGACGCUUUGAUGAAGAUCUUGACCGAGAGAGGUUACUCUUUCACCACCACCGCAGAGCGUGAAAUUGUGAGAGACAUGAAGGAAAAGCUUGCAUAUGUUGCACUUGACUUCGAGCAAGAGCUUGACACCUCCCGAUCCAGCUCCUCACUGGAAAAGAGCUACGAGCUUCCCGACGGUCAAGUUAUCACCAUUGGUGCCGAAAGAUUCAGGUGCCCAGAGGUUCUGUUCCAACCCUCAUUGAUCGGUAUGGAGGCAUCUGGUAUCCACGAGACCACCUACAAUUCAAUCAUGAAGUGUGACGUGGAUAUCCGUAAGGACUUGUAUGGAAACAUUGUGUUGUCUGGAGGAACGACCAUGUUCCCAGGUAUCGCCGAGCGUAUGACCAGGGAAAUCACCAGCCUUGCUCCCAGCAGCAUGAAGAUUAAGGUUGUUGCACCACCAGAGAGGAAGUACAGCGUCUGGAUCGGAGGAUCUAUCUUGGCUUCUCUCAGCACCUUCCAGCAGAUGUGGAUCGCCAAGGCCGAGUACGAUGAGUCGGGCCCAUCUAUCGUCCACAGGAAAUGUUUCUAGGCGAUUUUUGUGAUAACGGGCAUUUGAAACUCACAUCCCCUUUUUGGGAUUAGAGUAUUCAUAGCUGGAAGUCCCACUUCCAGUGAGUGGUUUGGAUUGCGCUGGCAAUGUCGGGGUGUACUAGCUCUGCAGGUGGUUGGACAUGAGGUUUGUAAAAAUAGCAGACAGGGAUGGCGGUCGAGUGCCAGUGAGUUAAAUUAGGAACAAAAACCGCCGCAUAACACCACAUUCUUACAAGGCCUGGAUUAGGGGUCUCUAAUCUCAUGAAGCUUUGGAUCUCAAUUUUCUCUUUGUAAUGCCUUUUGCUGUAACGCGGUCAUUUGAGCUUGAGCUCAAAUUACAAGUCGUCAUUCUUAUGCCCUGGUUUUUGUGGGGGAUGAUCAACGUGCCUGUUGGAAGAUACAGGAGGAUCUUAUCGUUCGCCCUCGUGGUUAGUGGUUGUAACUGCAAAAAUAUCCGAAGGGACAAAUUCUGUCUACAGUAGUAAAGUGAAUUCAGUUCGCGAAGUUAGUGAGGAGUCAUUGUAGAUAUACCCCAUUGUGGCACGACAGACCACCUAUCUAUAUAUUUCAUGUUAUUCGGGCUUUGCCUUUGUUGCAUUAAAGCACUAUCAUCACAAGGA